GAUAUAAUAGCUUUUAUUAUCGUAACGAUUUAUUUUAACUUAUAUAUUAAAACGAUUACUAAAUUCUUAUAUAAGCGACCUAACUUUAUAGCUACCCUUAAGGAACUUCUCGCUUUUAAAAUUUAUAAAGAAUUUAUAUUAAUAAAAGUCGGCUAUAGCCUCGACGCUCGUAAUUUAGAAAUAAUUAUAACGAUAAAAGCCGAUAGGUCUUUUACCCUAAAUAUAUUAAAUAUAAGCGUAGCUAAAGCUAUAUUACUAUCCUCGCUACUAGCUAAUAUAGCUCGUAUUAUUAUUAUUUUCGCUCGGCUUAUUAUAAAUAACGAUAACUAA